CCGGUAUAAAAAAGACAAGAUGCAAUGUUGUGUGCACAAAGUUGGCGUGCGGGUCAGUUAACACCAACGGUAGGGGCUGGCAGCUUAAAACAUUGUUCACUCAGCAUCCGUCCACUGAAAUAGGAGCAUCUGGGAACUGAAGAGGCUACCAUGUGUCACGCAAUGAAGUCGACAUUUCUUUUCAUCCUGCUGGCUUCUGUCUUGGUCUGCAACUUCAUGACCGUCUGCAGAGGACAGAGCAUCUCUGCUGAGGAGGAGCCCGACCAGAGGACUAUGGACGAUUUGCUUCACCAUAGUGCAGAGAGCCUCCUACUGCGCUCCAUACUGAGAAAGAUGCAAGGAGAAGACCAGAGAAGUGCGGGACUUAUUUCUCAGCCAGAGUGGGUGACAAAGCGGCAACAUCCAGGCAAAAGGAACAGCGAGGAUUUGGAGAAGGAAGACGCCGGGGAUGAAGAGUAUUGGUCGGGUGUUGACAAGAGACAACACCCGGGCAAACGCGAGGAGGUCACGCAGUCGCUCAUGGAGUUGCAAAAAAGGCAACACCCAGGAAGGCGCUCCACUACGGGACCCCUUUCUGACCAUCCCGUCAUCGUCUUGGCUGGACUUUCCAAACGACAGCACCCGGGCAAGCGCUACUUGGUGUUGCGCAGCCGGCGGCAGCACCCUGGUAAGCGGCAGGGAGAAGAAGAGGAUGAUGAUGAUACGGAUGAGGAGGAGGAGGAGGACCUCCCCGAGGUGGACAAGCGCCAGCACCCCGGGAAACGCUUUUGGGAUCAUUCGGAUCCAGAUUUGUCCGCCGUCAGUCCGUGUGAAGACGUUUUGGACCUCAACAAAUGCGCCAAGACCAAUCUGCUGCUCGAUUUUUUAGACAAGAUCCGAGUGAAGCACGCCGAGGAGAAGAGACAACACCCGGGGAAAAGGUUUGCACCUGAGAGGGAUUUAGUGGACGCAGAGUAGAAGUCGUCACAUUCAUGCUGCAGAUCAUGUCACCUCAUUAAUGUGUACCCCAAUAAUAACCCCAAUUAAAAAUGAGAACUGAUUUUUCUUUUGUGAUAUUUUUUUAUUUUUAAUGACGUGUGUUUAAUCAUGUAAUUGUUUUGUAGAACCUAGAAGUGUAAAUUAAAGGCCUACUGAAAC